CGUGCUGAUUUGGACAUUUCAUCACCUUAAACAUCAAUAAACAGAUUUUUUUUUUUUUUUGACGCACUUUUUGCAGUUGUUGCCGCUGCUGUUGAGAGACACCAUGAUCCUGCUCACUCCCUCCAAUGGUCUGUUUCAGUGCAAGAAUAAGCUGCUUGUGAGUGACCGCGCUGGGCUGCACUUUAAAGAGUUUGCCCGGAAGAAUGCGGCCAACGCCCUGUCUGUGGCCAACCUGGUGAUGGGCCUGACCUCCAUCCUCAGCAGCCUCAACGGGCACCAUCACGCGGCGUGUUGGCUGGUUCUGAUUGGCUACAUGUUGGAUUUGGCUGAUGGAGCAGUUGCCCGGCAACUGGACGCCUGCUCGGCUCUGGGAGCAAAGCUGGAUGACUUUGCGGACUUCACCACCUUCGGCAUCGCCACAUCUUUACUCCUCAGGACCCCUGACCUCCUGGACAACCUCCUGUGCAUGUGCUACGUUUUGUCCGUGUUCGCCCGCCUCUGCUUCUUCUCCAGUGGAAUCCCGUUCAUGUACCGGGGUCUUCCGUGUAUCUACCCGUCUGCGAUCGUGGCCAGUGCGUCUCUGCUCUCCGGUGGAAACAUGGCGCUGCUCCGAGUGAUCGCGGUGCCCAUGAUCCUGUUCAUGAUCAGUCAAACCUUCUACCCACACGACCGCGUACUGGAGUCUCAGGCCUGGAAGAAGGCCGUCUAUGCAGGAGGAGUGGUGAUGGUGUUCUGCUCCUCGUUUCCUCCGGCCUGUGUGUACUACCUCCUCUGGUCCGUCUCCUACAUCCUGUUCCCCACCUCCCUCUGGAGCUCCAAAGUGUGAGGAGCACCACCUGUGAGGAGCACCACCUGUGAGGAGCACUGCCACUGUAAAGAACUGACCAUGAACUGAGCCUCUGCUGCCCCCUACUGUCACACGCUCACUUCCUUCAUAAUAUACUCUCUACACCAGUGCAUUAGAAAACAGGGAGUGAAUGAAGCGUUUGUCUUCUGUGGUUGGUUUUAUUUAUAGUUGAAUUUUGGCACAGUAACCACAGCUGGAUGCCAUAACACAUGUUGUGAAAGGAAGAAGACUUUAUGUUUAGAUAUUUAUUAUAUUACAAAUCAUUAAUAUUGUUAUGUAGAAAUUAUUAUAGUUUCAGAGCAGCAUAUGGACCA